GAUCCCAGCUGUCGAGGCCAGGACACCCAUUCAGUUGUAUUUGCCCUUUUUGUCUUCUUCAGACUGCGCCAUGGCGCUGAGCGACGGGGAAUGGCAGUUGGUGUUGAACGUCUGGGGGAAGGUGGAGGCUGAUAUCGCAGGCCAUGGGCUGGAAGUCCUCAUCAGCCUCUUCAAGGGUCAUCCUGAGACCCUGGAGAAGUUCGACAAGUUCAAGCACCUGAAGUCAGAGGAAGAAAUGAAGGCCUGUGAAGACCUGAAGAAGCACGGCGUCACCGUGCUUACUGCCUUGGGGGGCAUCCUGAAGAAGAAGGGGCAUCACCAGGCGGAGAUUCAGCCCUUGGCCCAGUCCCAUGCCACCAAGCACAAGAUCCCUGUCAAGUACCUGGAGUUCAUCUCGGAAGCCAUCAUCCACGUUCUGCAGAGCAAGCACCCUGGAGACUUUGGCGCUGAUGCCCAGGGAGCCAUGAGCAAGGCCUUGGAGCUGUUCCGGAAUGCCAUGGCUGCCAACUACAAGGAGCUGGGAUUCCAGGGCUAG